AUGUUAUCAAUCAAACAAGUAACAAAAUCUUCUAGGAGUUUACUCUUUCCCCUUCUCCUCUUCAAUUUUAAAAACAACAGCACCUCUCUUAUCUCCCCCACAUGCUCAACAUCAUCAUCAUCAUCAUCAUCAACGACAACAUCCUUGUACUGUUGCUUUUACUAUGAUUACUCAACUGCAGCAGCAGCAGCAGCAAACACCCGUGAUAGAGGUUUAAUCGCAAAGAAUGUUGCCUCAUCCAUUAAAGAAUGGUUCGAGCAAGGACGCAACGAGUUGUUGGAUCGAAUUUUUCUGACAAUUAGAAAACAUGGUGAAGAUAAAGACACUCUUGGGUUUGCUCUUUCGCAAUUGCGUCUGCCUUUGAAUGAGAAAUUUGUGUUGGAUGUGCUUGCUUAUGGUAAUGCUAGAAAGGAGAUUUAUUCUUGCGUUAAAUUCUUUGAUUGGGCUGGUCAUAAAGGAGGCUUUUUUCAUACUCGUGCUACCUUCCAUGCUUUUUUUAAGAUCUUGUCAAAAUCUGAAGGGAUGAGUGUGAUGCUUGAUUUCUUAGAUAGUUAUAGUGAGACACGAGAUCUUUAUUUUCAUCAUAACGUUAGAUUUUAUACUGUUUUGGUGAUGGGUUAUGCUGUUGCCGGUAAGACUGAUGAUGCACUCCAACUGUUCGGUAGAAUGCGCUUCCAAGGUCUUGAUUUGGAUGCUUUCUCUUAUCACGUGCUUCUCAAUUCUUUGAUUCAACAUAAUUCUCUUGAGGCUUUUGAGGUUAUCUUUAAGCAGAUAUCGUUGAGGGGUUUUGAGAAUGCUGUUACCAGGUUCUUGAAGGUUAAGUAUUUAUGUCAGCAGAAAUUGUUGGAUGAGGCGGAGGCCUAUUUUCGUAAGCUGGUCAGUGAGGGUAAGGGUAACAAAGAUAGAAGUGGUGAAAGGUUUGGAUAUGCACAGGCUUUGAGGGUUCUAGUUGAUGGGUUUUGUCAAAACGGUUUGUAUGUUAAGGCCAGCGGUUUGAUUGAGGAAAUUAGUAAGUUGGAGUUGGUGGCAAUGGAGCCUGCUUAUGGGAUUUGGUUGAAGAAUCUUGUUCAUGCUGGAGAGAUUGAUGCGGCUUCCGAGUUCUUGAAGAGCAAGAACUCCUUAGAAGGGUAUGUUCCAGACAUUUUUAGGUGUAAUUUCUUGCUUUCCAGGCUUUUGAAGGAUAACCGUCUUGGGGAUGCUUGUGAUUUGCUGAUUGAGAUGAAGGAGAAUCAGCUUUCUACUGACACUGUCACCAUGAAUGCUGCAUUGUGUUUCUUUUGCAAAGCUGGAAUGGUAGAGGUUGCAUAUGAGUUGUACAAGUCCAAUUUGUUGCUUGGAUUCUCGCCUAAUUCCUUGGCUUAUAAUUAUCUUAUCAAUUCUCUUUGUGGGGAAGGGUCCUCUGAUGAAGCUUAUUCUUUACUGAAGAAUUCUAUCCGGCAAGGGGUUUCCCUGCUUGAUAUGAUGAUGGACUUGGUUCUUCUUGCUCUAUCAAAGAAUCAUACCCUCGGUGAUUCCACGUACAACAAGUUCAUGUCAACAUUAUGUAGGGCUGGGAGGGUUGAAGAUGCUUAUGUGAUGCUUGGGGAAUUUAACAGAAGGAAUAGAGCUGCUACAGAAGCUACUUACAGACUCUUGAUUUAUGGUUUUAACAAGUCCAAUAGGGGAGAUAUGGCUGCUAGGCUGCUUCUUGAAAUGCAGGAUAAGGGUCACCAGCCAACUCGGAAAUUGUUCAGAGCUGUCAUUUGCUGUCUAUGUGAUAUGAAAAAUCCAGAAAUGUAUUUCUUCAAAUUGCUGGAGAUGCAACUGUCCUGUCAUGAAUCCGAUGCUAAUGUUUACAACUUCUUCAUUGAUGGAGCUGGGCAUAGCAAGAAACCUGAACUAGCCAGAGAAGUAUUUGAGAUAAUGCAGAGAAAUGGAAUCGAGGCCAAUAUUUGCUCACAUAUUUUUUUGUUGAAGGCUUAUCUGAGGAAUGAAAGAAUUUCUGAGGCUCUAAAUUUCUUUAAAGCAACGCCUGAUAGUAAGAUGGGUAAAAAACUGUACAGUGCCAUGGUUGUUGGGUUGUGUGGAGUCAAAAGAACCAGUCUUGCUUUGGAUUUUCUGAAGGAAAUGCGGAAUAAGGGAAUGGUUCCAGGCAUGGAAUGUUAUGACGCUAUUGUACAGCUGCUGUGCUCAACCAAAAACUAUGAUGUGGUGAUAAAUAUUAUUAAUGACUUAAAGAAAUGCCGGCAUAGGCUUACAUCCUUUAUUGGUAAUGUACUGUUGUUGCAUUCCCUGAAGAGUAAAGAGCUAUAUGAGGCUUGGGUUCGAUCAAGAGAUGUGCAGAAUGGGACAUCUUCUGAUCUUUCAAACCUUGGCCUCCUAAUUGGUGCAUUUUCUGGUCAUUUUGAAGUGAGUCUUGAAUACCUGGAAGAAGUGAUUGAACAGUACUUCUCCCGUGACAUCUACACUUACAACUUGUUGCUGAGGAUGCUAGCCAAAAGGGAUUUGGACCAUGCUCUAGAGUUGUUCUAUAGACUUUGUGACAGAGGAUAUGAACCUAAUCGAUGGACUUUUGACAUCAUGGCACAUGGCCAUUUUAAGCAUGGAAGAAAAGUUCAGGGUAUGCUGUGGGUGGAGGAGAUGUGGAAGAAGGGGUUUGAUCCAACUGAAGGUACCCUACGAUUCCUUUCCCGGUAA